AUGUCAGUGCACCAGGAUGAACAGACAUGGAAGCCUCUAUUCAGUGAGAUACAUUCUUCAGUUCAAGGAGCAGAAGCUUCUCUUCAAAACGAUGGGUCCAUUGAGAAAGCUAUCAACCAGGUUGGCUACGCAGACUCUCUAGACCAAAUUUCCAAAAUUGAUGAAAAUAUCUACAUCAGCAGUUGGAAGGCUGCAUCCAGGAAGGAUUUGCUGGAAAAGAACAACAUACAAUACGUUUUAAGUGCUAUGAGCGUAGAUCCAAAAUUGAACUUACCAAGCAAUCAACACUUAUGGAUCCCUAUGGAGGAUGGAAGUUCACAAAACAUUUUGCAGCAUAUUUCGAAAACGAUUAAGUUUAUAGACCAAGCCAUUGCUUCCAAUUCUGGUGUUCUUGUACACUGUUUCGCUGGGGUAUCUAGGUCCGUCACUUUAGUAUCAGCUUACUUAAUGAAGAAAAACGAUUGGAAUCCCGAGAAAGCUUUAAGCUAUAUUUCUACCAAGCGUUUAAAUAUUUCUCCAAACCCAAGUUUUUUUAAACAACUGCAAGUAUUAUAUGAAUGCAGUUUUGAGCUUACUCAACAGCAACGUCCAUAUCGACUUUGGCUCUUCCAUAAGUAUGGUGAUUUCGCUGUCCUAAACAUAAGAGUGCCAUCAGAUGUAAAUUAUACUGAAUCGGUUCGGGCUCGUGCAGGGCAAACUGAAAUCCGCUGUAAGAAAUGCAGAUUUAUACUUGCGUCGUCCGACUACAUUAUUCCUCAUGAGCCAAAAAAUAAACCAGCAAAUGUUCGAUGUACUCAUUAUUUUCUUGAGCCUAUUCGUUGGAUGCAGCCCGAGUUGGAACAAGGAAAUUUAGAGGGUCGUUUUGACUGCCCCAAAUGCAGUUCGAAAAUUGGUUCCUACCGAUGGCAAGGAAUGCAAUGUAGUUGCCUAGAGUGGGUUUGUCCUGCUCUCAGUGUUAUGCAGUCUCGUGUAGAUGCUGUUCGAAAAAUCAUUUAG